GCGGCCAUUACAGGGAGCCGGGUUUUGGCGCAUGCGCAGUGGCGGACUGGAGUAGUUGCCCAGUUGCAGGCUGGAGCUGCCCAGGUGAACACUUUACAGAGUUUCUCCUGAAUGCCUGCUUAGCACACCCAAAAAUGACUUCUUUGGGGACCAGCAGCCAGACGGCAACUGAAUAUGUGGUCCGUGUCCCCAAAAAUACCUCCAAAAAAUAUAAUAUUAUGGCCUUCAAUGCUGCUGACAAAGUCAAUUUUUCUACCUGGCACCAGGCAAAGAUGGAACGAGAUCUCAGCAAUAAGAAGAUCUACCAGGAAGAAGAGAUGCCAGAGUCAGGAGCCGGGAGUGAGUUCAACCGCAAGUUGAGAGAGGAGGCACGGCGCAAGAAGUAUGGCAUCAUCCUGAAGGAGUUUAAACCAGAAGACCAGCCCUGGAUUCUGAAAGUCAAUGGCAAAGCUGGACGCAAGUUCAAAGGUGUGAAAAAGGGUGGUGUGACAGAAAACACCUCUUACUACAUCUUCACACAGUGUCCAGAUGGUGCCUUUGAAGCCUUUCCAGUUAACAACUGGUAUAAUUUUACACCCAUUGCCAAGCACCGCACAUUAACUGCAGAGGAAGCUGAGGAGGAAUGGGAGAGACGGAACAAGGUGCUGAACCACUUCAGCAUCAUGCAACAACGACGGCUGAAGGACCAAGGUGAAGAGGAAGAGGAGGAGAAAGAGAAGAAGGGCAAAAAGAAAGGCAGUGAUUUGAAAAUCCAUGACCUGGAAGAUGACCUGGAGAUGAGCUCAGAUGACAGCGAGUUCAGUGAUGCAGAUGGUGAAAAGCCAACCAAACCUAAGAAGAAGGCCCCUCUGACCAAGAAGAAGAAGAAAAAGAAGGGAUCAGAUGAUGAAGCAUUUGAAGAUAGUGAUGAUGGGGACUUUGAGGGCCAGGAGGUCGACUAUAUGUCUGAUGGAUCUAGUAGUUCAGUAGAGGAAGUGGUGGGCAAGCCCAAGACAACCAAUGAAGAAGACAUCCCAAAAGGGAUAGAUGAAGCAAGCGAAAGUAGUGAAGAGAGUGAGGAAGAGAAACCUGCAGAGGAGAAGGAAGAGGAAGAAGAAGAGAAGAAGGUCCCCACGCCACAGGACAAGAAGAAGAAGAAAGACAGCAGUGAUGAAUCUGAGACAUCUGAGGACAGCGACAUUGAUAGUGAAGCAUCUUCAGCACUCUUUAUGACGAAAAAGAAGACUCCGCCCAAGAAGGAGCGCAAGGGCUCUGCUAGCAGCUCACAAGGGAACAGCCGCCCAGGGACACCCUUGGUAGAUGCCAGCAGUACCUCCUCCACACUGCGGGCCGCAGCAAACAAACUGGAGCAAGGUAAACGGCAAGCAGGUUCUGGUGAGCUCCCUGCUGCCAAAAGGCUGAAAUUGGAUAGUGGGGCCCAGGCGAUCACGACCUCUGGGAAAUCUACCCCCCAACCACAGUCGGGCAAGUCCACACCCAGCAGUGGUGAUGUACAGCUUACAGAGGAUGCUGUUCGCCGCUAUUUGACCCGCAAGCCCAUGACCACAAAAGAUCUGUUGAAGAAGUUUCAAACCAAGAAGACAGGUCUAAGCAGUGAGCAGACGGUCAAUGUGCUGGCCCAGAUCCUUAAGCGCCUCAACCCUGAGCGUAAAAACAUCAAUGAUAAGAUGCACUUUUUCCUCAAAGAAUGAUGAUUUUGAGUCCAGAUACAAACUGGCCUUUAGCUCCUGCCAUCCAGCUGGGCAGCUCUGAGCCCCGUGCAUUUAUCUGGAAGACGUGGGGAGUCAGGAGCAAAGCCUUUUGUGCCCUUCAGAUUGUGGAUGGUGGAUGAGGGCAGAAGAUCGACCCAGCCUACAGUGGGGCAAAGAAAAUAUGACCUCUCUGACUGGAGGGAUAGUUUUCAUAUCAGGAAGAUUCACAAAUGGCAUGCUGCCAUUUUUGGAAAUAAACAGGGGAAUGUCUUUUAUAACCUUUCCCCUGUAUUGAUUCCUGUGCUAGCAAAGCUCAGUAAGAAAGAAAAACACUUUUUUCCACUAACUGUUUGCAACCUGUUCUCUUCUUUCCUUGUUACCUUUGAUCAGAAGCACAAAGAUUCAGAGAAAGCUGGCUCAUAAAUUAUUUUCCAUGUAAUAUUUUAAUGAAAUCUAAAACUGUACAGCCUGGCCAACAGAGAAAAGGUAUGUUUCUGAACAGCCUGCUGUGACAUUGUUUCCUCUGGCUGAAUUCAUGCAGUUUUUCAUCUGCAAUAACAAAAAUGUUGGCUCACUGUUGUAUGUAAGCUAAGAAUUUCAUAAAAUAACAUAGAAAUAUUAGCUUAUUUAUAUUUUUAAGCUGAUAAUUUCAGUCCCUAGAAAAGAUGGAAACAAGUCCUUAGUCUUUUGAGUAGCAAUAGCUGCUGAAUUGUUUUCAGUUUGUUUAUUUUUAUUUUGGGUGGGAGUAAUUGCAAAAUAGAAAGCUGAGCUGAGGGAAAGGUAUGAUAGUGGGAAGAAAAUAAUUUACUCAGAUGCCAGCUUUGCAAUCUUGUGACAUACAUCAUGUUAUGGUGCAGAGUUUUAUGUCUGAGAUUGACCUGGAUGCAGCAAAGGUGUCAUCUUUGGGCACAACUUGGGACAGGUCAAAAUGGGCAUAAACAUGUGUAUGUGUUGGCCGAGGGCUGUUGGAUUGCGCUUCUUGACUACAGGUCCAGUUAUUACAGAUGAUGCCUUCUUGAGCAGUGUUCCCAAAAAUGCAAUACAAUAGAAACAAUAAAAUUGUAAAUACA